AUGGAUAAGAAUCAUUUACGUGGAAUCAUAUUGAAACUUCAGGAUUAUUUAAGUGAUAAUGAUCGACAACGUUUACAUUUUUUUCUUGGAGACAGUGUUCCACGACAAAUUAGAGAUGAUCAAACACUAAGUGGUACUCUCAAGUUGAUGGAAUCACUGUUAGAUCAAGAUAAAAUCAAUGAAAGUGAUGUCACAUUUUUAAUUAAUGCCUUUGAUGCAAUUCAAUGCAUUGAUGGUGUUAAACUUCUCAAUGAACAUAUGAAAUGGAUGCAGUCAAAUCCAAUGCAUAAAUCAACACAGAAUUUAUCACCAAUAGUCCCAUCAUUCAUUGAUCAAGUUAUUAUGGAUCAAGAAGAUAAAAAUUCCACUCAAACCUGUAUUAUUUUCAUCAAAGCCGGUCAAAAGUUUGGUGGUACAAGUGGUGACUACUUCGAUGAUUCUUUCUUACCGGAUUUUACUUGUCAUCAUUUAAGUGGCAUCACUACUUAUCGUAAUGAUGACAGAAUGGAAUCAUAUGAGUUUUCUUAUUCUUCAGAUGAUGAUAAUCACAAUCCAAUAGAAUCACAGACUCACGACAAUCAAAAUGCUAUAAUUAAGACACAAUUCGAAUUUGAUAAUGACGAAAAGAUAGAGAGAGUGGAAGGACAGCUUAUUAAUGAAAAUAUUGUCUUUCCUAACGGCACAAACAUAACAACAUCACGAAUCACGGGACUUCAAUUCUUUUCAACAAAAGGUCGAGCAAGUCCAUCAUACAAUGGUCGAUUGGGUGAAACGUUUACCGAAAAUUUUGAUGGAUACACUGUAGGCUUCGUUACUGGAAGAUCGAACCAUUAUAUUAAUCAGUUACAGUUCUUUUGGUAUCGAACAGAAAAUAAAUGUUAA